AUGAGUGUUUCAGCUGAAUCAAAGUUGAAAGCAAUCCUAAAGUGUAUUCAAGAUAUUGUCAAGAAUGACAAACAAAUGAAGAGUUUGGAUACUAAGGUUUUAACCGUUUUGGUGGAAAAUUUGGAAGUUCGCAACUUUGACAAAAAAGCAGUGAACAAAGUAUAUGACUUUGUCCAGAAACUAGAAGCGAAGGAGAAGGAGGCUCAGUCCUCUGAUUCCGAAAGCGGUUCUGAUGGCGAUGACGAGACUAGUUCCGGAGACGAAGAUACUUCAGGCGAUGAAAGUGACGACGAGGACGACACUAAAGAAGUGGGAGCAGCCACCGAUGAGAAAGAGACGUCAAAGACUUCAUCAUCAAACACCUCCUCCAGCACGGACAGCUCCUCAUCUUCAGAGAGUGACACGUCCUCCAGCUCAUCAACAGACACCGACUCAUCAAGCUCAUCUUCAGAGUCAUCAAGCUCAUCUUCAGAAUCAUCAAGCUCAUCUUCAGAAUCAUCAAGCUCAUCUUCAGAGUCAUCAAGCUCAUCUUCAGAGUCAUCAAGCUCAUCUUCAGAUUCAUCAAACUCAUCUUCAGAUUCAUCAAGCUCAUCCUCAGAUUCAGACUCCGAUUCAUCAGAUUCCUCCAGUUCAUCCGACUCAUCCUCAUCAAGUGAAUCCGACUCCGACUCAAAGUCAUAUACAAACAAAAGGAAACACCAAGGUUCAGACGACGCACAUAAUCAAAAGAAAGUCAAAGUUGAACCCGGUACCUCUUCAGGCUCAUCAGUGACAGAAUCAAUCAACUCCAACUCAACACCAGCCACUCCUGAACCUGAACUUAAACCAGGUCAAAGAAAGCAUUUCUCUAGAAUAGAUAGAUCAAAAAUCUCUUUUGAAGACAGAGCGUUGCAAGAUAACACAUACAAAGGUGCAGCUGGAACUUGGGGAGAAAAAGCCAGUGAAAGAUUGUUGCAAGUUAGAGGUAAGGAUUUCACCAAGAACAAAAACAAAAUGAAAAAAGGCAGCUACAGAGGAGGUAGCAUUACUUUAGCUAGCGGGUCAUAUAAAUUUACCGAUUAG